AUGUCUGCCUUCCGCUCUCUCGCCACCAGCACAUCCUACCGCGCCUUCUCCACCUCCGUCUCCAGGCAGAAGACCCUCACAGAGACUGUCAAGGAGACCGCAGACACUGUCAACAAGAAGGUCGGACAGACCCUUGCUUCCGGAGUUGGCGCUACCCAGAAGGCCACCGAUGCGACCAAGAAUGCCGCCGACAACGCCCCCACCGAGGGCGAAGUAAAGUCUGCCGCCAACGACCUGGGCAACAAGACCGCCGAGACCGCCGAGUCGGCUCGACAGCAGGGCAACCAGAAGCUAGGCCAGGCCGCUGGGGCCGCCAGGGACGUCAAGGACGACGUCAAGAAGAACCUUUAA